AGGGAACUCAGUUGAUAGGCAUCUAGGUUAGCAAAGGACUACCUGUACCCUACCUGAUCCAUUCCGAUCCCCUCACUGGCAACGUCGGUUAACUGGGAGUUGAUGUACACCUAUCUGCAAAUACCUAAAGGAGUCGCUUCUGUCUGAUUUGAUCCUUACUAUGUCCACUGUGAUUUCCAUCUGCUGUAUCCAACAACUCCUGCGAUUCAGUUGUCAACUCAAAACGCGACCAUAAAUGUUCCAGUCGCAGCAACACCAUACCACCUGCCUCUGACUCCUAGAACAAGUCCAGUGCAGUCACAUGAAGCGGGACAGGCUUCUAUCAGAUUGGUUGCCUUUCGGAAGUUGUGGAAAAGGAUUGGUGAACAAUGGAAACGGUGUGGGCGUAAACUGUACGCUGCCUACACUCUUCUGGUUUCUUUGAGCUUCAGAGCUAGUACUGGGUGUAGCAGUAUGUGUACUGGGUCUAUGGUAUGCCUGCCGCUCAGGUUUCUGCAGCUCAUACGCCUUUUCUGAGGCUCUGGGCAGGGAUGAGCUAAGGCUCAGGUUCUCACACAUCGUCACCGGAGUCUACCAGGGGAAUGGUAGAUAUCGAAAGCAGCCUAAAACUGCACGAAUUCCAUUUUCAUCUUCAUCACAUCGCAUUUCCAGAAUACUAGCGGAGCUCCCCGGUUUCAUGGUCUAUUUCAGAAAAAGAAGGCUUACAAAUAGACAGUACAUUUAGCGCUCUAGACAGCUUUUCUAAUAGGUGGGAAGUGUGUGGUGCUUAGCGGCAGCCUGCUGAGAUGUGGGGUGUGGAGCUGCUCCUUGGGGUCCUGUACCUACUUGGGCUCACGUGUGGCCAGAACGAAACGGAACCGAUCCUGCUGGAGGGCAAGUGUCUUGUGGUUUGUGACUCCAACCCGAUGUCAGACCCCACUGGCACAGCGCUGGGCAUUUCAGUUCGCUCGGGCAGUGCCAAGGUGGCAUUUUCUGCUAUUAGAAGCACCCAUCACGAGCCCUCGGAGAUGAGUAACCGGACCAUGAUUAUCUACUUCGACCAGACCUUGGUCAAUAUUGGAAGCAGUUUUGACUCAGAACGAAGCACUUUUACAUCACCCAGAAAGGGGAUUUACAGUUUUAAUUUCCACGUGGUGAAAGUAUAUAACCGACAAACCAUUCAGGUUAGUUUAAUGUUAAAUGGUUGGCCUGUGAUUUCAGCUUUUGCUGGGGACCAGGAUGUGACAAGAGAGGCAGCCAGCAAUGGAGUUCUUAUUCAAAUGGAGAAGGGGGACAGAGCUUACCUAAAACUUGAGAAAGGAAAUUUAAUGGGUGGUUGGAAGUUUUCCACCUUUUCUGGAUUUCUCGUGUUCCCUCUUUAAACUGACAUUAUUUCGGAGAUACAAAAGACAUUGAAAGGAAACAAAUGUCUGAGAGACACGAACAAGACUUUUGUAUACAUGAAGUGUACAAGACCCUGCAUAUCUAAAUGUGUGUGCACCUGCUUUGGAAACUUUAUAUUAUAGUAAAAGACAAGAAACUGGUGAGAUCAACUAUCAUUUUAUUUAGUGUCAUUUUUAGGAGCAAAUGUCUUGUGUCCUUGUUCAUCAUAAUAUCGUUAUGAUCAUUUUGAGUUUUAGAUACAUCACUUUGUGACUAACCUGGAAAAUAUAGUAACAUUCUUAAAUAUAGCCUUUAUAGAACUUUUUUGCUUCAGUCAAGCUUCACACCAGAGAUAUAAGAGUCAGCGUGCCAGGAUUAUUUAUUUAAAUCUCUCCUUGUGCUAGAGUGAUUAUUAUGAAUUUAUGGCUGCUCAAUGUCUGCUCUUGUAAAAUGUUAGCCAAUUAAAUGCGAUAAAAUAUAUCCAACUUUUGGUAUUAUGUAUAAAAAUAUGAAUGUGAAUGCAGAAAUGUAAUUUUGCCUCAAGCCAGGACUUUUAUUUUUGUGAUUGAUAGAUAGAUACAUAGAUACAGAAUUUGCCUUUCUCGUGUAUAUACAAAAUCACUGAUUUAGUAAAUAUUGGGAAAGAUAAUCUGAUAAUGCUUUGUGUAGCUUCCACUUAGUUGUGGAUUAAAUGUUCUUUUUAUUUGGCAAUCUAAUCCAUACAUUUUCCUUUGGAAACAUUUUCAUCAUGCAAUCAAGAUUUUCAUAUGUUGCCUGACUAUAUUCACAUGCAUAGGUAUUCAAACAAACAAAUGUGCUUACACAGACAUACACACAUAAAUACAUAAGCAUUUUUACUUACAUAAGUAUAUUUAUAAAGGGUUGAAUACACAUAUGUAACAUCGCUUAUCACUGUUUUUUUUAGAAAGCUUUUGGUAUCACAUUUGACUGUAGAGUUUAAAUUUCAUCUGAAUUUGUUCCAUUGACCUCAAGUCUGAGUUGGCAUGGUAGUCUAGUGUAAAAAAAAUAAACACCUGUAUAUAUAUAUCUAUAGUAAUAAGUCAAAUCAACUGGACUUGCUGUAUUUUUUUUUCACUUAAAAACUUUUUGCUAGUCAUAAUUUCUAAAUUGAGAAAUCCAGUCGGAUGACGAGCGAAACGUCUCUAAAAGAAAAAAAAUACCUCAAGUCCUAGACAUUUUGCUAGUCACCAGUCUGGCUUUAUCGAUUUCUGAAUUGAGAAAGCCAGUCAGAUGACUACUGAAUCAUCUUCAAGAGAAAAAAAAAUACAUGUGCAGUUGAUCUGACUUAUUAAUAUAGAUAUACCAUAACCUCUAUGAAUGAGAACCACAGAUAUAUAAACACUUUUAUAUACAGCAAAAUCAUCUGUUUGUAAUAGAUUAUUUUUUUUGCUCAUAAUCAUAGGCAAUAAUCCAUGCUUAACAACAACCAAACUUUAUGCAAAUGCAUUUCUUUUAACCACAUUUUACAACAUAUUUUUUAUCACAAAAUAUUUUACACACGUUUAUAAAUAUGGCCCUUAGAUUUUUUUUAAUUGAAUUAAUUUUUCACCUGUACUAUCCUGCCAUGUGGAACAUUAAAAUUCUUAUAACAAUGUAUGCUUGUUGAUAUAGUUUUUCAGAAUCUACAUUAUUAUUUUGCAGUACAUAGAGAUUAGUACUUUUACUAAAUGAUCAUGCAAAAAAUAUGUCAGUUGUACUAUAAAUAGUGAAAUAAAAGUCUACAAAAUCUGACUUUAAACAGUAUCCUCUUAUUCAAAAUGUUCAUAAGAGAUUUUGGAAACAGGUUUUUACUAGCAUGUUAAAUAUAAAAAAUAAAUCCUCUAAUGACAUUAUAUUGUCUGCUCUACCAAACAACAUAGUGUUAUUAAUGAAAGGAAGCUGCAGAGUUAAAGUGUCAUGAUUUUAUUUCAAGAGUCUGGCUUCAAGAAGGAAUUUAAUUAGGUCCUAAGGGGGAAAUUAAUACCAGCAUAAUAAGCAAAGCCCCCUUAUUUAUUCCUAGGUUUAUUGUAAAAAGAGUUUCAUGAAACUGUAUACUGUAUACAAAACAGUAUAUUCAAUUAGGUCACAUUGUCAGUUUGAUUUUGCCUGGACAGGUAAUUAUUACAACAGUAGAACAUAACUGCCACACAGUUUGAUUUGUGUGUAAACAACUGUCUUUGUGUGGAGUGUCUAACAAUUGCAUUGUACAUUUUUUCUUUUAUUGCAAAACAAUUGUAGGAAAUAUUGUUUCAAGUUAUAGCUUUUCAAUAUCUUCAAGCAAAAUGUAAAGGCCUGCUAAGUGUUGCAACUUUUUCAUAUCAUUCUGAGACUGAGUACGUUUUCGAAAUUUUGCGAGAAAAUUCAACCAAUUGUUGGGAUUAGCCAUCUGGUUCUGUCAACAAACAUUAGGGGGCAUAUUUCUUAAGGUUCGAAUGGGAAAUUCAAAUUCAAAUUUUCGAGUUGGAUUUUUGGUCAAAACU